CGCCUGGGUGUGAGUCAGCAUGCGGGUGCUAGGGGGCUCGGUAACUAGUCACGGAAUCUCACUCUCCUCCACCCAUCCAUUUUGCACUGUGCGCCCAGGUCCCAUGCGUGUGCGCACCCUGCACGAUGCCAGAUUCCAGGCUGUGUGUAUUGGUUCGGCGAGAUGGCUGGGGAUGGGCUUCCUGUGCUGCUGCGACGGUCUGGGCCAGAGCCGCCUGCUCGGCGCACCGCGUUGCCUCCGCGGCCCCAGCGCAAGCGGCCAGAAACUUCUGGCGAAGUCCCGCCCGUGUGAUCCCCCGGGGCCGACGCCCAGUGAGCCCAGCGCUCCCAGCGCGCCCGCCGCUGCCGCUCCAGCACCGCGCCUCUCCGGAUCCAAUCACUCUGGCUCCCCGAAGCCAGGCACCAAACGGCUGCCCCAAGCCCUCAUUGUGGGCGUCAAGAAAGGGGGAACUCGGGCGGUGCUGGAGUUUAUCCGCGUGCACCCGGACGUGCGGGCCUUGGGCACUGAGCCCCACUUCUUCGACAGGAACUACGGACGAGGACUGGACUGGUACAGUGUCGGUGUGUUCUUAGGACUGUGUAAGACAAGCAGAAACAGGAUUUGCCCCAGAGGUAAUGCUCUAAGUAAGACAGAGAGGGGAAAGCACAGGAUGAAAUCCAUCACAUUAUCAAGCUCAUGGAAAUCAGUGACUCAUCUGUAACAGCAAAGCCAAACUCUGGCACAGCAAGCCUUAGGAGGAAGCCCACAGGCAGGAGACAGGGGCCUUCUGCAUGAAGAAGAGAACACAGAAGGCUUUGCCAUCUCAUAACAAACUGAACCACACACGAAACAGACCGAGCUAUGCUCACUGUGUAUGCGUAUUGGUGAUCUGUAACCCUUCCCCCACAUGUGUGGUCUCCUGCACAGCAUCUUCGCAGACACACCUUUAUAAGGAGUAUUUUUGCAUGGUUCCAGGGGAGUGUGACAUAUUCUGAUGAAAUGAAGCCAUUGAGUCUGGAAAUCCUGCAUCUGUCAUCCUCACAGCACGCUGGAGGUAUAUUCGUUAGUUACAGCUUGUGUACCGUUCUCAGUCACUGAAUGGGCCAGAAGAGCUGUUGGUACUCAGGGAAGGUUUGGGGGGCAGAGAAGUCUCACUUCCCUUUGGAGCUUCAAGGGACUGGAUGAUCUGGGAGUGAAGAAUGAGAUUUCUCCCAGAGAGCUUUGCUUAAGGUUGUGAAGAAGACCCUGAUAGGCCUGAAAUUUUUACCAAAUACACAUCGUUCAUAGUGUUUAUGGUGUUAAAAUAGAAAAACAAAACAAAACACUCACUAGAGAAGGUAAGAAGCAUAGCUGUUUUGUUUCUGUUUUUGUUUUAAUUUUCUGAGAUUACAAUGUCUUACAAUGAAUAAUUGAUGUCCUGGCUUCCAUGAAAUACUCUGUUUCCACCUUGGCUGUCUCUUGCCUUGAGAGUAUGUCAUCCCCAGUCACCCUGAAGUCUAACAAUCUUCCAAAGAACCCCCGACUAGAUGGAAAAUCCCCAACAUGGAAUCUCUGCAUCCAGUAGUGGGGAUGGGGUGGAGUCGGGGUGGAGGCAGGGUCGGGGGAUGUCUCUGUUGGAAGCUGUACUCAUUUUGAAAUUUCAAGUGUUACCCAUGCCAUCUCCCUGAAAGCAUCUAUUUUACCAGUAGGGAGGGGGUGGGGCAGAUGCCCACCAGGGAUGAGCUGCUGUGAUGUUCUCCAGGGGCAGCUGUAAGGAAGCACUUGCUUACAUAGGUUGGGAGGAACAUCCCAAGAUCCCCUAUUCAUUCUGGUGCACAGUCGAUGCCAAUAGGUGCCAUUUCCUGAGGUAUUGUUAAUGUUCUCUGCAUUCUGUGUUCAGCAGUGUUGAAUAGCGUUCUUCCCUUGGUUAGCCCUCCAUGAAUCAUUUCUGAAUGAUUGAGUGACAGAGUGGGUGUGGAGGGGCGGAAGCACACAGCUCCCUAUUGAUCCGGAUCUGCUGGAGGACUUGGAGGGGAGGCCAGCUCUCUGCGUGAUGGCUCACAGCCAGUGGGCAAGGAAGAAGGAGGUAGAUAAGCAGACACUCACAGGCUGUGAGUCAGGCCAGAGGGGUCUAAAAGGUCAUGCAGCCAAACUAAGUCUGCGGCACCCACCGUUUCCCCCAGAGCUAACUCUGAGGUGGGUUAAUCCAUUUAUUUGUCAAACGCCCACCAUUGGCCAGGCUCAGUGCCAGGCUGCUGUGGGCUGGCUCUGCUGCCACUCUUUUCUCCUAAUGGGCUGCACUGAUGGGCUGGAGAGCUUUGUAGUCCAUGAGCAGUUUGACAAGGUGGGUAAAAGCCACCAGUGAGUGGAAAUAACUUAGCAUUUCAGAGGUAAUUGCUGCCUGUCAGGCUACACAGCUGGGCUGUUGGUCCAAUGCUCUACUCCCCAGAGCUUUCUCUGUGGGAUAAUGGGACAGGGUGGGGAGAUGAGGGCUCUGCGUGAGUGCAUUGUCCCAGGAGACAUGGCCAGAUGUGGUGGUUUGGUCGUGGGAGCUUUGGCAUCAUAGGGUUCCUAUGUGUGCAUUAGCUGUUGUGUCUUCUCAAACUUCCAGCCAGAGGCUGACAAUGGUUUUUGCUCAGCUCCCAUCCUCUGCUCUAGAUGGAGUCUGGAGGGAUGUCCUCUACUAUCUCCCAAUCCAUGGCAGUGCUCCCAUUUUGGAGGGAUGGCUCCAGCAUUCUCUAGACUUCAGUCAUUACAGGGUACAACCUCUAAUGUAAUUUCUUAAUAUUUGUGUUUCAGUGAAAACUGCAAGGAUGUUUAGCCAAGACUGAGCCAAGUGUAGGAGAAAGAGGCUUGAUCAAUGAGCACUAAGUUACAGACAGACAGGAGCACAAGGUUCUGGUGAGCUAAUAAAGUGGAAUAAAGAUAACACCAAUGCACGACACAAUUAAAAAAAAUCCUAGGAGAAUUCUGAAUGUUCCACUAAAAGGAACCGAUAAAUGUUUGAGGAGACAUAUAUUGAACCUGACAUAUGUGCAGCACACUGUGUGUGUUGAAAUAUCAGGUGGCAAUGAAUCCCUUAUGUUAAGCUUUGAUUACUGUAACAAAAUACCAGAGACAAGCAACUUUAGAAAGGAAAACGAUUAUUUGGGCUCAUAGUUUUUAAGGUUUCAGCUCACCAAUGCUCCAUUCUUACAGUAUGUGCCAAGGCAGUAUAUCAUCCUAAGUAGGUGGCAGAAGCCCUAACCUCAUGGCUGGGAACACAGGAGACAGAGCAAAAGGGUCUAGAUUCCUGCUAUUCUCUCCUAGGACAGAUGCCAGGGACCUAACACCUUCCACAGAACCCAGUCUCUUUAAAAAAAUAUUUCUUUUAUAUUUUGAGAUUAUACUAUAAUUAUAUCAUUUCCCACUCUCCUUUCUCCCUCCAGACACUCAUGUGCACCCCUUGCUUUCUUUCAAGGUCCUGGACUCCUCUUUCAUUAUUUGUUUUUGCAUUCACACAUGUAUAUACCCAUAUAUGUAUGUAUAUUGCAUAAAUAUAAACUAGUCGGUCUGUAUAAUACUAAUCUUAUGCAUGUUUUCAUGGCUCACCAUUUGAUAUUGGAUAACAAAUUGGUAUGCUCUUCCUGGGGAAGACAAUUUCUCAGCGGUCUCUAGUUGCCUAGAGUCCUUCGUGUAGGGUUGAGGCCUCAGGGCUUUCCCCAAUCCAUGUCAGCAUGUCUACUGCUGUUGUCCUUGUCAUGUCAUGGUUAGGCAGUCAUGCUGGUGAGACUUCAUGCGUGUAGCUUCCUGGCGUUGUCAGGAGACAUAAUCUCACAGUAAACCCCACGUUCUUACAGUCUUCCCAUUGCCUCUUCUGAUGCUUUAGGUACAAGAGCACUAUAGAGAUGUAGCCACUGUGACCGAUCCAUAACUCUAACUCUGCUUUUUUGAUUGGUUGAGGUUUCCUGUAAUGGUCUCUGGAGGUCUGCUCCAAAAAGAAGUUUCCUUGAGGGGUGAAAACUACACUUAUUUGUGGGUGUAAGGACCAAUAUUUAUAUUGUAGUUGGGGAUUGUGCUGUGACAGCUUAGGUUUUCCUCUGUGAUCCAACCCUUGGCUAGGUUUUCAGGAGCAGGCAUGAGCUCCUUCUUGUUGAGUGGGUUUUAAGUCCAAUUAGAGAGCCAUUGGUUACUACCAAGGUAUGCGUGCUACUACUCCACCCUUGGUUUGCUGGUCCUUGAUGAAGUUCAUAGCAAUCACUGCUGAGUAGGAAUGUUGGUUACAUUUCUCCUUUGGGACCUUGCUUGGUGCCUUCUGGUAUCAUGAAAGCUCGUCCUCAGCAGGAUAUUUUCAGGCCAGUUCCAGCCCAGGGGACUCUGAACCCUGUAGGGUCCUCUUCCCCCUUAAAGGUUCCAUCACUUCCAGAAGCUUUAAACACAUCCUUGAGCAACAUUUUCUAGACCCAAAUCAUGCUGCCAUCUAAUAUUUUAAAAUAGUUUAUGCUUCAAUUAAAUAUAAACUUAAAUUUCAAAAUUAUAUAAUCUUAGAUGUUAGGGAGCUUAUGGAGGGCAUUGGAGGAGAAAAUAGGGAGUGAAUAUAAUCAUAUUUAUUGCAUACAUGAAUAAAAUUCUCUAGAGUAAACAAAACUAUACUCUUUCAUAAAGGAAAAAGUCUUCGUUCUUUUGUUUGGUUAGUUCCUAUUUUGGAGCAAAUAGCAUAGUGUGCCAUGCAGCCCGAAAGUGAGGAGGGAAGUCCUGCACGCCUCGCCUGGUGGUCUCAGAGCUUCUCUUUGGAGAAGAAAUGACAAGUCCCCAUUUUGUGAAUCCCUCCAGUGAUGUUUUCCAUCUGUAAAUCUAAUGCAUUCUAUGCAAAUGCAUUUCAAAUAAAUAUAUUUACAAAACAACUUGAUUUAAAUUUCCAAAAUGGAAAGCAGUAUCAAAUCUGAAGGUAAUCUCCAAACAGACAGGUUGAGAACAAAGCAGUGUUAUUGAGUUUUUACUGAAGAGCAUGCUGGAAUGUUCCACACCUACAGCACUCUCUCUUUAGCUGGGGCUAUUAGGAGAUGCUAAUAGGUUAAGGAAAUAUUGGUAUCAAGAUGGGAUGGUCCUCCUUCAUGUGACCAGUAGGGAUGGAACCGCAGUUAAAAUGAUGGUAGACUUCUUUUCUGUGACGUAAUGGCAUUUUUCAGAUUUUUUCUCCGAGGGGAGAAAGCAGGACAUGACCGACAUCGUGAGAAACAUGGCUGGAAUUUGUAGAACAUCCAACUUAACUGAGUGCACCCUGGGUUUCUUAGGUUUCUUUGAUGUGUUAAUGAUUGGAAGAGAAAAAGCAAAGAGAAAACUGAGAACAAACACAGUGAGAAGACAGGUGUUGCAACGUUCAGUGCUCACAAGGGCAUCCAGGCUUCAGAAGAGCCAAGCUUCCCCCAAGAAACUGUAUGGUAGAUAUUUAAAGGAAGAAAUAUAUUAAAUCACAAGGCUUUCUCGUUAUUCCCACUACUGGGGACUAAACCAAAGAAGCCACCAUCUUCACCCACCCUCUCUGCUGCCGCUGCCACACACUCAGUGACAGCCACUUCAGUCUACUUUGUACCAUAACUGCAGCCAAGAUGUCAGUGUAAAAAUUGGAGAAAAGCUGUUUUGUUAAGGAGUCAGAAACCUACAGGAGGGGGCUCGGGAGUAAUUUUAUAUCUAUUUUGAGGUUUGCAUGAGGCAGGGCAUUUCUUUAAAAUACAUCCUUGGGGCUGAGGAGAUGGCUCAGUCAGUAAAACGCUUGCCAUGCAGGCAUCAAGACCUGAUUUUAAGCCCCAGCUUCCAAGCAAAAAGCCAGACAUUGUAACACUUUUGUAAUGCCAGAGCUGGGGAGGCAGGGCCCAGUGAGAGACCCUGACUCAGAAAAUAUAUGGUAGAUGGCUCUUAUAGAAUGAUACCAAAGCUGAACUCUGAUGGCCACAUACACACACACUUGUGCAUGCACACCCACACAAACCUUCUGGGUGCAGAUUUCUGUCUCUUCUAUUCCACUGUGAAGACAUGAGAUUUUUUUUCCCUUUGGUUUUUCGAGUCAGGUUUCUCUGUGUAGCUCUGGCUGUCCUGGAACUCACUCUGUAGACCAGGCUGGCCUUGAACUCAGAAAUCUGUCUGCCUCUGCCUCCCAAGUGCUAGGAUUAAAGGCGUGCGACACCACUGCCCGGCAAAGACAUGAGAUCUUAGAGUUUGAGUUUGAAGUAGUCCCCAUGAGUUAUGCUUUGAGCACUCAGUCCUGGCUGGUACUGUUGGUUUUGGACCAUGGAGUCUGUAGAAGUGAGCUUGGCAGGAUGAUGAGGGGCUGUUGCUGGUUACCCAGUCCCAGGCUUGGUCCCAUACCAACUUCUGGGUCUCCUGCAGUAAGAGCAGCUGCUGCCCUGCUGUGCACUCCAUCACACUACCUCUGCCAUAACAGACGGUACUCACUGGAACUGUGAGCCAGAAGAGUCCUCCAGCCUCACAUUGUUUCUGUAAACAGUGCAUCAGCUCUGCUUCUCCAGUCUGCAUAAUGUCCCUGAGCUGAGAGUGAAAGUACACCCCCUGGGGAAAACAGUCCCUGGGACUGUGCCUAUGUUGUUAACAGACAUAACAGCGUGUCUAUGGCAAGACUCCUUGGUUCUACCUUUAAUGGGGAAAUAGUUAUCAAUAUGGCUGGGAAGAUGGCUUCUUGCUACUCAGUGUUUCCCUGCCAUCAGGACCUACUGCCAGGCUGAGUCCUGCAUCUACUGUGAGGCUGGAGUCAAAUGAAUGGGCAUUGGUUUUGAAAUUAUGCCUCCUGGUUGAGCUGGGAGCCUCAAAAAAGAAUGAAAAGAUAGACAGAUAAGUAGAUAGAUAGAUAGAUAGAUAGAUAGAUAGAUAGAUAGAUAGAGUACAUGUGAGAAAGAUGGAGGCAGACAGACACAGACAUACAGACAGAUGACCAGAGAAUCAGAUUUAAGAUAUAUGUGGUGAACGUAAAAAUAAGAAGGAAACAGAAACUACAUGACUCCUUAAUGGCAGGCUUUUCCAACACACCUAGUAGAUGCCUAAAACCAUGGGUAGUAUGAACAUAUACACUAUGGUUUGUCUCAUACUCAAAUAUAUAAUAAAAAUUGAUAUAUAAAUUAGUCACAGUUAGAGAUGACUAGCAAUAGCCAUGAAAACAACAUUUGUAACAAUAUACUACUGUAACUACUUGUAAGCUGUGUUUCUCUCUCUCCCUCUCCCCCUCCACCUCCCUCCCCCUCUCUCCCUCCCUCCCUGCUCUCUCUCUCUCUCUCCCUCCCUCUCCUAUCCCCUCCUCAGAGAAUCGUAUUGUACCUUCAGGUUUUGAUUUAAGAAAGCACUUCACAGCUUCUCCUUGGCAUCUCUAAAUCUCCAGCCCCACUUACCCUUACAGUCUGGGGCCAUGAUUAAGUAAAAUGGCAGUCAUGGGAGCACAGGUACUGAGAAACUGUAUGCAUUAGUUACCUUUCCUAUUACUGUGACAAAAUAUGGAGAGAUGAGACUAAGAGGGAAGGGAGUCAUUUGGCUAAUAGCUUUAGAGGUCAUUUGUCCCAUGUACUUGGGCAGGACAUCAUGGUGAUGAGAACAUGGGUAGGAAAGAGGAACUUCUUACCUCAUGGCAAAAGGAAACUGGAAGGAAAGGAGGAAGGGAGGAAGGGGCCAGAAGGAGAGGUAUGGAGAGAGAGAGAGAGAGAGAGAGAGAGAGAGAGAGAGAGAGAGAGAGAGAGAGAGAGAGAGAAAGAGAGAGAGAGAGAGAGGAGAGAGAGGAAGAGGAGGAGGAGGAGGAGGAUAAAGGUGAGGUAGAGGAGACAUGAAGUGUCCAGGAACAAGAUUUUCCCCAAACUUCCAGAUCCUCUCAAAUCAGUGCCACAAGAUUAAAACAAAGUAAAAUAAAACAAAAACAAACAAACAAAAACAAAACAAGCAUUCAACAUCUGAACCUGUGGGAGGCACUUAAUACUCAAAUAAUAACUUUAUGAUAGUCCAUCUGAUGACUGAGGCAGUGACUGAGUAACGGGUAGGUAGCAUACACAGUGUGGACACAUUGCAUAACGGGAUGAUUCAUGUCCUUGUUAGAAGACAUCAGGAUGGAAAUGCCAUAAUGUUAUUCAUUGUAAUGAACAGUAAAACUAACAAAUUAUUUUAUUCUGGAAUUUCUUGGGUAAUAAUUAACUGCAGAAAGCUAAACUAUAGACACAGGCAUGAGUAGCUGUAAACAGCAAUCAAAAGCUCAGACUCUGAAAUCAGGAAGACUGUGUUGGCAUCUCUGCUCUAGUGCUUGCUGGUAGAUGUCCACCGACCACAUUAACCAGUUGCUUCUCUUUGGCACAGUGCUCUGUGUGUGCCCUGGGGCUCAAUCAUACUGACUGUUGGGUAGGGAAGCAGCGAAGAUUCAGUGGACAAUAAAAGUGUUUCUUCUACAAAAAGUAA